AUGCUAUUCCUUAACUCUUCGUAUUUCUCGUCAUGUACACCACUACCUCUCUGCUAUAUCUUAUUCUUCUCUUUCUUCCUCUUCUUCUUCUUCAUUGUCGUCGUCGUCGUCUCAUUUUUGUUUCCUAUUUUUAUUUUUCUUCAUUCUUUUUCUUCUCAUCCUUCUUUAUUUAUAAAUCUCUGUGCAACUCAUUUUUUCUGCCUUCUGCAGCUUCUUUCUUCCUUUUUUGUUAGUCUUUUUUCGUUUUACUAUUCUUUCUUUCUUUCUUUCUUUCUUUCUUUCUUUCUUUCUUUCUUUCUUUCUUUCUUUCUUUGCUUAUUAAUCUUUCUUUCAAAGCCUUUCUCAUGCCAUUGCCACUGUAUAAAAUUUCUUCCUUUUUUUCUUUAUUAUUCUUUCAUUCUUUUUCUUCUUCUUCUUCUUCUUCUUCUUCUUGCUCAAUUUUUUUUUUCUGUAUUAUUCAUUUUCCAUUAUUUUCUUCUUCUUUUUCUUCGUUUAUUAUUUUCCCCCCUAUUUAUUAAUCUUACAUUACCACCUUCUAUUUUCCCCCUAUUAAACGUUCUUUUUUUCCUUAUUUUUCUUUCCUUUUCUUAUUGUUCUUCUGAUUAUUAUUAUUAUUAUUAUUAUUAUUAUUAUUAUAAUCAUCAUCAUUCUUCAUUUUCUUUUUCUGCUUUCAUUUUUUAA